GUUGAAUAUAUAAAAUUGAAUUUGUGUGAUCCAAACAUUGCUACUACUGCUACUUGUAGCUGUACACAUAUAAUAAAUGCAUCUAAUAAAAGAAUUUAAUAUAUAUGGAUAGGUGGUAGACCAAAUUCAUUUAAUUCACUCUUUCACAUUCUAUAAAACCUGCCAUAAAUUUUUCACUACCCUGUUUGUUUACUAGUCCCUUUCCGACACUUCUUUUUUUUUUCUUUGCUGUUCAUCUCAAGAAAUGGAGUUGAUAGACCUUUUCAUUAUUGGUUUGGCACUUAUCUUCCUCCGUCUAUGGUGGCGGUACUGGUCAGUUUCUGGUGGCGGACCGAAGAACCUCCCUCCAGGUCCGCCUGGCUGGCCGCUUGUUGGAAACCUUAUCCAAAUCAUUCUCCAACGUCGACAUUUCAUCUUUAUAGUGCGUGAGUUGCGUAAAAUAUAUGGUCCAAUUUUCACCAUGCAAAUGGGGCAACGGACUAUGGUGAUUGUUACAGACUCCAGGCUCAUCCAUGAAGCCCUAGUUCAGAGAGGCCCCACUUUCGCCUCCCGGCCACCGGACUCACCGAUCCGGCUGUUGUUCAGUGUUGGGAAAUGUGCCAUCAACUCCGCGGAGUAUGGACCUCUAUGGCGAACCCUGCGCAAGAACUUUGUCACUGAGCUGAUAACCCCUGCGAGAGUGAAGCAAUGCAGUUGGAUCCGCAAAUGGGCACUAGAAAACCAUAUGAAGAGAAUCAAAAGCGAGGCUUUUGAGAAUGGGUUUGUGGAGGUAAUGGGCAACUGCAGGCUAACUGUAUGUAGCAUCUUAAUCUGCUUGUGUUUUGGUGCAAAGAUCUCCGAAGACCGGAUUAAGAAAAUAGAAAGCAUACUUAAAGAUGUAAUGUUGAUAACAUCACCACAGCUACCAGAUUUCUUGCCUAUCCUUACUCCACUGUUUCGCCGGCAAAUGAAGGAAGCUAAAGCAUUAAGGAAGAGGCAACUGGAGUGUUUGGUUCCACUGAUAAAGAAUAGAAGAGCUUUUGUGGAGAAGGGUGAAAACCCUAACAAAGAAAUGGUAAGUCCGAUCGGUGCAGCCUAUAUAGACUCUCUCUUUGGACUAGAGCCAGCAACCCGAGGCCCAUUGAGUGAAGAAGAGUACGCAACUUUAUGUUCGGAGGUGAUUAAUGCCGGUAAUGAUACCAGUGCAACAACUGUAGAAUGGGCAAUGCUUCACUUGGUAAUGAAUCAAGAAAUCCAGGAAAAGUUGUACCAGGAAAUUGUUGACUGUGUAGGCAAAGAUGGGGAUAUUAAAGAAGAAGAUGUGGAGAAAAUGCCUUAUCUUGAAGCUGUGGUUAAAGAAACUCUCAGGCGACAUCCUCCGGGUCAUUUUCUUUUAUCUCAUGCAGCUAUAAAGGACACUGAGCUUGGUGGCUAUACAAUUCCAACAGGAGUUUAUGUCGAGUUCUACACUGCAUGGAUCACUGAGAACCCGGAUCUUUGGUCGGAUCCGAGUGAGUUCAGACCCGAGAGGUUCCUUCAUGGUGAUGGGGUUGGUGUGGACGUAACGGGGACUCGGGCGGUGAAGAUGUUGCCAUUUGGAGCAGGGAGACGGAUUUGCCCAGCUUGGAAUCUAGGCAUUUUGCACAUAAAAUUGUUGCUUGCAAAUAUGGUUCAAGCAUUUAAGUGGCUGCCGGUUCCAGAUGCUCCACCUAGCUUGACUGAGACUUAUGCUUUCACUGUUGUGAUGAAGAACCCUCUCAAGGCUGUCAUAUUACCCCGGUAAGAAAUUGGCGCUUGAACCAGCCAAAAAAAAAAGAAGAAAAAAAGAAAAAUGUUGCAGCUUAGAUAAUAUUUACUUAGGUUUAGUUAAUCUUAAUACUUUUGAUAUGGUUUGUUGCGUGUUUAAUCCUGUAUUUCAAGCAUUUACUUUAGAAAGCCAUUUCCAAUGCUCUCUAAUUCUUGCUAA